UGUUGUUUCAAUUGAAUGCUGUUCAUGGCCGCAAGGUGUUUGUGAAAAUGUCUCAGUGAACAUAUGUUUGUAAUGGUUGGGGAUUUGAAGGAAAAGUGGGUAGCAGCCAUCAUGAUCGGAGGUGCUCGUGUUCGGCUGAACCGGUGGCAGCAUGCGGCUGUGGUAGUUGGGUCGGCGGUGGGGGCAUUGUUGGACCCAAGAAGAGCUGACCUGAUAGCAGCUUUGGGGGAGACAACUGGGAAGCCGGCAUUCGAAAGAGUUGUUCAGAGAAUGAAGAGUAGCCCUGAAGGCAGAGCCAUACUGUCGGAGCAACCCCGUGUAAUAUCUGCAAAUGUGGGUCAUGCAUGGGAUCUUCCGCCGAAUACAUUUGGUGCUGCCUAUGCGAAGUUCAUGGGAUCUAGGAACUUCUCUCCAGAUAAUCCACCACCAGUGCGUUUCAUGGAAAUAGAUGAACUUGCAUAUGUAGCCAUGAGGGCUCGUGAGGUGCACGACUUCUGGCACACCCUCUUUAACCUUCCAACAAACUUGAUGGGUGAGUCAGCACUUAAAGUAAUAGAGUUUCAGCAAAUGUACCUUCCCAUGUGCUUGAUGUCCGUUAUAGGGGGCUCUGUGAGGUUCAAUGAGAAGCAAAGAAAAUUGUUCUUCCAGCACUACUUUCCUUGGGCCAUUAGAGUUGGUAUGCUGUCAACCGAUCUCAUGUGUAUUUAUUAUGAGAAACACUUUCAUGAGGAUUUGGAGGAUGUUCGGAGAAAUUAGGGUAUAACUCCUGC